AUGAACUCACUAGCAUUUGACCCAAAAAGCGUUCUCGCCCGUGUAUGACUUGCAGCACAUUGGGACAAAAAACUUAGCAAGAAUCAAAUUUAUCAACAUGACGUAACUGAUUCAGUUAUUGCCAUCAAAAAUGGAAGUCUUUAUUCCUUAAGAAUCUCAGGCUAUCUUCUGCUCGGUCUUUCCAAAAUCUACAACAAAAAAAGCUUCCUUACCCUCGAAGAAAUUGAGCAGCUAAUGGACCAAGUCAGCCAAGGAAUCCGAGUAAGCGGAGCUGAAACCUUAAAAAGCAUGGGAAUUACCAAUGCUCCUGAAAAACUCCGUCUAAAUCCUUUAAAAAUCCUUACCCCCGAAACUAUGGCUAUGAAUCUUAUGCAAGGCAAUAAACAGCAUCAAGAAAGGAUGAGAAAUAAUGCUUCGGCUGACUCUUUGAAUCUUCCUGACAAAUUCUUAGGAAAUGACCUGAAGUCAAACACCAACCAAAAGAAAGAUUUACUGGGAAGAAACACUACCUUUUUAGAUGAUGUACAGCUAGCUGCAGCUUGGCUUCAAAAAGAAGGGGAUGAGCCAUUACAAGAAGAAGAGGAAGAAGAAAAUAAAGAUGGAGAAUUUCAGCCUGGAAAUCCUACAAAAAGACCUAGGACUGAUAAGACACCAGUGUGGCAAACUUUGAUUAAUCCAAAUCCACCACAAGCUCCAGACCCAACAGCGCCCACAGAUGCUACUCCGGAUGUUGAAAUGCCUCCUGCAAUUGUUCCUCUCUCAAUGCAGCUAGAUAAUAGCGAAGCCAAAGGCAAAAAAGCUCCACCUAAAGUCAAAAAAGAAGAAGACGCAAAGCCACCAGUCAAAAAAGAAGAAAGACCCGCUAAAUCCCGCAAAGCUAAAGGAAAAACAGUAAGAUAUGAGGACGCUUCAAUUGUCCUUGACUAUGAUAUGCAAGCCGGACUUGACUCUACUGCAGAUAUUGUUAAAAACCCUCGCUUCUUUUACCCAAUAGCAGACUUGGUCCCUCCAGAUUCUGAUACCAUGCUUUAUUCGACAACAGUCCCUGAUAUGAACCCAGAACUUGAAACUUUUUAUAUCUCCAAUAUCAAGCUUUUAAGGAUGAAAACACAUUUAAGAGAGCUUGAAGAAGAAAACAAAACUGUUCCUCAGCCACGCCAGAACGCUCAUCCUGCUGAAAAGCCUAAAGCAAUUGAAAAUUCUCAUAAUAAAGAAAAUAUCCCUGACAAGCACACAGAAAAUCCUCCACAAGAAAAUGUCCAAACCCACAUAAAUGAGCCGGUUAUAAAUAAGGUGGAGAAAACUGAAGAAACCAAGCUUGAAGAUCAGUGGAAUUCAAGGACUUUGAAGCUGCUAAAACUUCUGAAAAUGAAGUUUGGCACUGUGGAAAUGAUCAACUUUGAUGAUUUAUCAAAGAAAAAAGAAAGAAGGGUCAUGGCUUGUGGGUUUUAUGAGCUCUUACAGCUGGCACUUAAAGAUUUUAUAUUCCUGUCACAGUUUGGAGGUCAAAUUAUUGUGAGGCCAACUGAGAGAAUUAGGAUCUUAGAUAUUUAA